AUGGGUACAAGGCCAAAUAACACCAUUCUGGCAUUCUAUGUCCAAUAUGAAGUGUUGAUCACAGAAGAGAAAGGGGGCCAGAAUUUAGCCUAUAAUGGUUUCAUCUACAGAAUUAUACGCAGAAAUGGUGAAUACUCUUGUCGAGGAUCCCUCUCUGCCCUUAACAACAUACCAGUUGCUUUUGGAAGACAGGAACACAACCAUCCAACAGAUCAUGCAGAAGUUGUGGCACAGCAGAUCAGAAACAGCAUCACCAAGAGAUGCCUUGAAGAAGUCAGACCCAUACCAACAAUAUACGAAGAAGAACUCCGCAAGCUCCGAGAUGAAGAAUGGGAUGAAGACUGCAAAGCGGUGGUACAGCGACUGCCUACCUUCAAUACAGCCAAGUCGUCACUCUACAGAGCCCGCCGAAAGGAAACUCCUGCGCUACCAAAGACUCUUUCUGACAUCAGACUGGAAGGGAAGUGGACAGAAACAUCAACCGGAGACAGAUUUCUUCUUUUUGACGACGGAGACCAGCAGAACCGAAUUAUAGCCUUCGCCACUACGGAGAACCUACGAUAUCUCUCAACUGCCGACACAUUCUACUGUGAUGGAACAUUUUACACGUGCCCGAGCUUGUUUCAUCAGAUCUACAGCAUCCAUGUGGUUAUUGAUGGAAGGAUGACGCCAGUCGUAUUUGCGCUACUACCAGGAAAGAGUAAAAGAAUCGACACUCGACUGUUUACCCUACUCAAGGAACACAUGACUCAACUGUACCUGCCUUUCGCCCCAACCCAUGCAUUCGCCGACUUUGAAGUAGCAGUACACAACGCCAUUCGCCAGACAUUCCCAGGAAUCACCAUGAAAGGCUGUUUUUUUUUCCAUUUGAUCCAGAGUGUAUGGAAAAAAGCACAGACAACUGGACUGCAAACUCUAUACCGGGACAACGAAGAUGUUAGGGCCCUUAUCCGCCGUGCAGCUGUUCUACCACUGGUACCCAUGGACUGCAUAGAAGACGUAUGGUUACAGACACUAGAAGAUCUAGAAGACGCUGAAGUACCACAGAACACAACACCUUUCACAGACUAUGUUACAGAGCAGUGUGUGGAAGGAGAUAGGCCGUUGUGGAAUCACUUCCAAACAGAUGGACCACGAACAACAAACAACCUAGAAGCCUGGCACGGGAAACUAAAGAAGAAGGUGAAACACGCUCAUCCGAAUAUAUUUGCCAUCAUACAGACAUUCAAGGAAAUAGACAAUGCCGACGUCAUCAACAGAAUGCAGAGAGAAGCUGGAGGAACCACCCGACCGCGUGCGAAGAAGUACUGCAACAUUGACCCCCGCCUUACAACACUCAAAGAAAGAUACGGAAACGGAACCAUUGACCUGAUGACCUACGCUGAUUCAGCAUCACAUCUACUUCAUCUUGGAUAA